UCCCUCCGCGUGUCCCGCUUUGCCCAGCGAGGAUCGAGGAUCGUCGGUGGAUCCCUCGGGAGAGCUUUCUGGAUUACGCUCGCGUCAGGUGGGGCUGCUCUCCCUCCGGCCUCCAGGCCGCCCUUCCUCCCAGGAGAUCUUCCCCACGCCAGUAGGAACGGAGCUGCGGAUCCCGCUCUUCGGCUUGCCGGGGUUUCCUCGGGGAGAUCCGGCUCUGGCGUUGCCUGCAGGGAGCGGAUCCCUCCCUUCCCUCCAGGGGGCCAAAGCGGGCUCCGUCUCCGGGCUGGAUCUGCCCCCUCCUCGCCCGGCCAAGGAUUUCCGAGGAAAGGGCUCCGGGUGGAUCCAGGAAGGCGCCUUUGAGGAGGUUACUUUCAGACGCUCUCUCUGUGGUCCGUUUGAACAGGAAGCCUCUGAACAUCCGUUUCCCUCAAAUGCAGUUUCUCUUUGCAGGAGACCAGAGUGAGUGUGGAUGUGGCUGUGAACUCCAGAGAGGAGAAAGAGACAUUUUUGGAUCAGAAGCCACAUUUUGACCAGGAUCCAUUCUUGAAAAUUUGGAAAUCUUGGCCUGGUUGGAGAAGCAGCUUCCUGCACAAAAUGCCAAUCGAUAAAGGAGAAAUCAAACUGGUCAGCAGUGAGGGUCGUCCCUGGUCUUGACUCAGAAAGCUAACAGAGACCUUUUAGCUGUAACUUUAAAGAUCAUUUACAGAUUGUGCUCAAUAUCACUGUCGGCAUUGUGGCCUGGAUGGAGAAGCAGCUUCCUGCACAAAGGGCCAAUCGAUUAAGGAGAAACAGAAUCAGUCAGAAGUGAGGGUCAUACCUGGCCUUGACCCAGAGGCCUCUUCAUUGUAACUUUAAAGGAAAACAACUGUGACCAAAGAUUUGCCUUUAAGACAACUAACGAGAGAUAGUAGAAAUUCUGCCCAAGGCAGCAGCCAAAGGAAAGCAUGAAGCGUGGGAAACGCUUGGAUCCCCCAUCAGACAAAAGCAGCCCUCCAAGAACGCCCAAAAGAACCCAUGAAUGCUCAGAGUGUGAGAAAUCCUUUGCUCGCAGGUCCCUCCUUUUGACCCACAGGAAGGUCCACGUGGGAAGUGGAUCCAGUCAAGGUUUGGAGGCUGAGAAAUCUUUCUCUGGGAAAAACUCCAAAGAGCUCAGAAGUUCCGCUAGACUAAAACCCUAUAAAUGUGAGGAAUGUGACUUAUGCUUUGGUCGAAAGUCACACCUUCUUACACAUCAGAAAAUCCACACUGGAGAGAAACCUUAUCAAUGUCUGGAAUGUGGGAAAUUUUUCAGUAGAAAAUACAGUCUCAGACUCCACGAGAGAAUUCACACAGGGGAGAAACCUUACAAAUGUUGGGAAUGUGGGAAGAGCUUCGCUCAGAAUGCACAGCUUUGGUCCCAUGAGCAGAGUCAUGCAGGAAUAAAAUCUUACAAAUGCUUUGAGUGUGGAAAAUCUUUCACCCAGAGUUCAGGUCUUCGGAAUCAUGAGAAAACACACAAAGGGGAGAAAAACAAAAAGUGCCUCAAAUGUGGGAAAUGUUUUACCUCAAAAUCAAACCUGGAGCGACAUCAGAGAAUUCACACUGGAGAGAAACCCUAUGAAUGCCCAGAAUGCGAGAAACGAUUUGUGGAGUCUCAUGAACUUCUGAGACACCAGAAGUGGCACAAAGGGGAUCUACCCCACCGAUGUAGGGAGUGUGGGAAAAGUUUUAUUUCGCCAGCCCAACUUCAGAUUCAUCAGAGAAUCCACACGGGGGAGAAGCCCUACAAAUGUGGGGAGUGUGGGAAAUGCUUUUCCCAAAAACAACACCUUGGACGCCAUCAAAGGUUCCACACAGGAGAGAAGCCAUACAAAUGCGUAGAAUGUGGAAAAGGCUUUGGGGACACACGCGGCCUUUGGUGCCAUCAUAAAACCCACACCGGGGAGAAACCACAUCAAUGCAAUGACUGUGGAAGAUUUUAUCGUACCUCAUCAGCCCUUAAAAGUCAUGUGAAAAUUCACACAAAGGAAAAAAACUACAAAUGUUUAGAUUGCGGGAGAACAUUUGCUCAUUCUUCUUCCCUUAGGAGUCACAGCCGAAUCCAUACAGGAGAGAAACCCCACAAAUGCUCAGAGUGCGAGAAAUGUUUUUCUCGGAGAGAUUCUCUUGUGAUGCAUCAGCGAAUCCACACUGGAGAAAAACCCUAUAAAUGUCUGGAGUGUGGGAAAUGUUUUGCCCAACCUUCAGCCCUUCGCAUGCACGCCCGAAAUCACACAGGAGUGUGGCCUUACAAGUGUGCAGAGUGUGAGAAACCUUUUCAUUGUAAAUCAAAGCUAAAAGAGCAUCAGAAAGUCCAUAGCAGAGAUAAAUCUCUUCAGUUGUGAACGUUGAAAACUUUUUUUGAAGUUCUUACAAUUUUUAAACUACUUGCAAUUCACCUGGAAGUUUGCACAGUGAUAGAAGGGAAAUCCUACAAAUGUUUGGCCUUGGGAAAAUGUUUUAGCUAGUAAAGCAACCUCAAAUUCUCAAAGAGAGUCUACAAUGAGGGAAAAGGCUGUAAAUGUUGGGAGUCUGAGUGUAUUUUGCUCACAAAGCAGCAUUAGUGACUUAGUGACACAAACGGGUUAUAAGGAUGUAGGGGAGUAUAUAUAAUGUUUUGCAGUGUACAGCUAAUUCUUGACUUAUGAGCACAACUGGGAAUGCAUUUCCGGUGACAAGUUCUUCCAUUUGUAAGUCAAGGCACCCACGUAUUUUUGUAAAUUCUUAUUAAAGGUUGUUGAUCAAUAAGGAGAACUGAAGAUUUAGAGAGGAAAAAAUGGGGUGAAGGAAGAUGCAGCUGGCUGUUUAUUUCGUAAUAAAGUGUUGGUGUUGAAUGUGCUUGUUGAGGGUGAAGCAGGAAAGUUUCUUUUUCCUACUAUCUUUUUUGGAGGGAUUUUCCCCCUUUUUUUCAUUGCUUUUUUCAUAUAUUCGCACAGAUAUUUGUAUUAAUUUUCUUCCCCACAAGAGCCCAGAGUGAAGGAGCCCCCAGGAGAUGCCUUCCCCGCAAGACCCCGCACAGGAGAGAGACCCCCCCCCCCUUCAGCACCAAGGACUCUGUGGGACAGACCCUCCCUCCAGAAGUGGCUUCCUGGUGCAGCAACCCUGGAUCCGCAGUUGAGGAAUGGGAGGUGAAGGUUCUCCCCUUGGGGAGCCAGCUGGUCCUGGGUUCAAAUCCUGAUGCUGCCACUCUCACCUUUGAGCAUGGGAGCCUACUGUUGCCUGGCUGAGGUCCUGCUUUGAGCAAUGAUCCUGCAGAGCCAGUUUGGAUGAUCAGAAGGGGGGCGGGGGCUUCACUGUCGGGUGGGUCUGGGUGUCCUGUGGAGAAAGUUUUUUCUUCAAAAGGUAUCCUAUUUUCUAUUGGCAUCCUUCAGUCUCAAAAACUAUGGUGUCGUGCUCUGGAAACGGCAUCGAGUGUGGCUAAAAAGGCCAAUUUGAGAGUGGCGAUCCCUUCCACACUGAGGGCAGAUGCAUUCUGUCCCCUGCCCAGCCCCCAGAUUCUGCUGGUUCCGGGACUGCCUCUUUGCCUCAACCUGCCAAACAAAUGUCUCUUCGAAAGUCACACCUUGCCAUUCAUCGUGAAUUUCACACACACUGACGGAAGAGAAAUCCUACAAUGGUUUAGUGUGGGGAAAAUGUUUUUCGUAGUCAAGUAAUCUUAAAUGUCCAUCUGAGUGUGUACAGUGAGGCAAAAGGCCAUAAACAUCGACAGUGUGAGCAGGUUCACAAAGCAGCAGCACUAGUAACACAACACAAGAAUAACUCUUGAUGUCUUGAAUAACACAAGAGAAAAACAUUUCAGGUGUUGGGGAAGCACAGGUAGACCUUGACUUACGAAUCACAAUCGUGAACAGAUUUGCACUCAUAAGUUGUAGAUGCCAGUUAAGACUCGGGGUGCAUUGCAGGCUCUUAUCUGCCGUGGGGAGCUCUCGUAUUCACAUGGAAGAGACCCCAAGAGACAGGAGAUAGGAUUAAAAAGUAAAACUUUGAAGCUUUCAUGGAACUUUAGUUCCUAUGGGAACUGUAUCUUCUGAUAUCCUACGGCAGGUUCUGAAUUUCUCUGAGGUGCACUUUUCCCACACGGAUCACCCCAAAUUUUCUAACCUACAAACCCCCUGAAAGAAGCUCUUGCAGUCCCCGCAUCUAAUAAUAAUAAUAAUAAUAACAACAACAACAGAGUUGGAAGGGACCUUGGAAGCCUUCUAGUCCAACCCCUUGCCCAGGCAGGAAACCCUACACCAUCUCAGACAGAUGGUUAUCCAACAUCUUAAAAAUUUCCAGUGUUGGAGCAUUCACAACUUCUGCAGGCAAGUUGUUCCACUUAUUAAUUGUUCUAACUGUCAGGAAAUUUCUCCUUAGUUGCUUCUUUUCUUGAUCAGUUUCCACCCAUUGCUUCUUGUUCUACCCUCAGGUGCUUUGGAGAACAGCCCGACUCCCUCUUCUUUGUGGCAACCCCUGAGAUAUUGGAACACUGCUAUCAUGUCUCCCCUAGUCCUUCUUUUUAUUAAACUAGACAUACCGAAUUCCUGCAACCGUUCUUCAUAUGUUUUAGCCUCCAGUUUAUCUCUCAGAUUCCUCUUGAGGACAAUUUACCUGGGCAACAAAAAGAAGAGGAAGGGUGAAGAGGAAGUCAAACCAAAUCUUUCUUGAUGAUUUAACCAAAAAUUCUUUUUUUUUAACCUUAUUUUUGGGUAUCUAAAUAAGGAGUUAUUAUUUCAGGUAACAUUUAAUUGGUUUCAGUUUUGUUACUAUUAUUUGGUAAUGUUUAAUUGUUAUGAGGGGAAUUUGGAAAGGGGGAUUAUAUACUUAAGUCAUUAGGUUCUUUUGUUAAUUUUUACUGCAUAUUUCUUCGUCAGUAGGGAGAGCUGAAGAUUUUGAGAGACGUUUGUAGGAAAUGGGAUCAGGUAUAGAAUGAAGACGCACCUGGUUGUAAUUGAAGAGACAGUGAUUAAUCACACACUCGGGAUUCAUUGGGAGCACAGGUUACUUAGCUCAUGCAUCGUAGAUCAUGAGAAGUGUGACUUUGAACUCUGCAAUAUUUGGUUUAGUGUGAAUUGUAAAUGGAUACCAGGUUGCCCUUCAUGUGACCCAAAAUUCAGUUAAUGUCAGGCUUUCAUAGGUGCAAUUAAGGCUACUGUGUAUAUUGUUAUGGUUUUAACCAUAAAUUUAUUUUUUAAAGUAUAUUUUCUUUGUUACUGUGAUGUUUCAUUAUUAUUCAUAUACCAUGUUCUAUUAAACAUUUUCUUGCCUA